AUGUCGAAUCGCCCCAACAACCGUCUCCUCCCUGCUGCCGAAUCUGGCCCUGAAAGGCCACGGCCAAUCGAGCAGCUUCAUCCCGUCUUGCUCAGCGUCGUCGACCUCUCGCGUAUCAUGACCGACGACGAAAUCGCCGAGGAACGACUUCAAAGCCCACAAGUUCAGGACUUGCGCCGCCCCGUCCGUCUGUCCGGGGACGAAAUACGACUCUUGCUACGAGGCUCCCCAGGGCCGGAAGACGACACCGAAGAAGGCGAAGUCCAAGACGGGUGCAUUGUGUGUUUCGCCCAAAGCGAUGUUUCCGUCCCGUGCGGCUGCCACUACUGCGGCCGCUGCCUCCGAGAGAACAUUCGCGUCGGCCUCCGCUCGGAGGUGGACUUCCCGCCGGGUUGCUGCCGGCCCUUUGACGAGGCCACCAUUCGUCUCGCCGGGCGUCCGGCGCUGGUUCACCUCUUCAGCCAGCUCUCAGCUGAGUACGCCGUGCCGGCCGGGGAGCGGCUGUACUGCCACGACCCGGGCUGCUCAUCCUUCAUCCAGCCGAGGGCCAUCCAGCCUGCUGCCCUGGAUGAAGACGAUGCCACCCCCGUGGGAACAUGUCCGUCAUGUCACAAGGCGACAUGUGCCGCUUGUGGGGGCAGAUCGCACCGAGGUUUGCCGUGUCGAGAGGAUGAAGAUGAAGAGGCGUUAUGGGAUAUGAUGGAUGACCAGGGGCUCGUUGGCUGUCCUGAGUGCGGCGUCGUGAUCGCCUUGAAGGAAGGGUGCAACCAUAUGACAUGCGUUUGCACUGCCCAAUUCUGCUAUCUCUGCGGUCUCGACUGGGAGCAACAGUGUUCAUGCCCCCAGUAUAACGGCUUCCAUCUCCGUGUCCCCGUGCGACAACGGCCGGGCCGUCGACCCAUCAGGCGCGGCGGAAGAGCGCAUCUGGCCGGUGGCGCUGGAGGCAUGACCCGGAUCCCGCAGCUGCGAUAUGACCCGGACGAUGAAGUUGCCCUGGCAGCGGUUGACUUCGCCCCCAUUGGGAUACCUGCUCCGGCAGCAGCCCUGAACCAAGUUCCCGAUCGCGAGCCGGAGCCAAUAAUAAGGCACAAUGCGGCCGAGGACAUGGAGAUUCCUCUUCACAGGAAUGCUCCACGCCGGCCUCAGCUGCGGCAUCACGUCCCGGCUGUCCGUCCAAACCUCUUUAACGGAGGUCCAGUUGAUCUUAUGCCGUUUCCUCCUCUUCCUCUAUUCCCAGAGGAAUUUCCUCCUAUUCCUGGUGCUUUCCCUAGUGACCUUCCUCCUCAUUUCCUACCCCAUUUCCAUCCUCUUGAUCGUCCGCUCGAUCAUGACAACCCAGCUCCAAACCAUCCUCCCAAUCGCCCGUUCAACAAUUGGCCCUUGGAGGUUCCUCGACAGGUAGAUGUGAUGCCGGACGAACUUGAACAAGCGAUACAACGGCUUCGUAUUGUGGAAGCGGUGCUACAAGACCAACAUAGCGCUAACGUGCGCCGAGAAGCUGCGAUCAUAGAAGAAAUAGCGAGAGAGACGCAGAGAACGGAGGAGAUCAAGGUGUCGAACGCCAUGAACCAACUAGACCACCCAGAGGAUGCUGAAGAGUUGACAUGGGGCGACAUAAACCGGAUCAAGAAGCAAUCAGAUGGGGAAGAGUAG